AAAGACCUUUCUCGACAAUUAUAAUGCCAAAUAUUUCGAUUUUAUACGUGAAGCCUCUUCUAAUAUGAGUAAAAAAGAGGGCAAGGAUUCCUAUGCGGUAAUAGUCAUUAGCAAACUAUUGCGAAUCAUCGAUUUGGAGAUGAUAGAGGACUUACAAGAGGCCGAAUCAACCAAGAAUGUGUCACGAAAUCUUGAAAUUGCUGGAAACCUUGCUUCGAGAAAAGGCAAGAAUUUCUUCUCGAAAUCAAGCGAAAGGAUUAAUAAGAUCUUACACAAGUCAGGAUCGUCUCCUAUAUUUAAUCAACCGCUGUGCGAGGCUAACGUUCAUAGAAUUUCUUCACUCAUUGAAUUUCUAAAACAGCAUUUAACAUCCGAAGGUAUUUUUCGAAUAUCUGGCAGCAAAAAACGCCAGGAGGAGUUGAAGCAUUUGAUCGAUCAAGAUGAUGUUCCUUUGAAUUUCGAAGACUAUGGCUUCACCGAACAUGACGUCGCUUCGAUAUUUAAAUAUUUCCUGGCCGAGUUACCCGAGCCCAUUAUUACAAGAGUUCAUGUUAUCGUUCUUUCAAAAAUCAAAGAUGUCGAAGAUAGUGACAAUCAACUGAGCGCACUCCAGUUAUUACUUUUGCUUCUGCCACCGGCAAACCGUCAUCUGUUGCAGCAACUCCUUCUGCUGCUUAAUGAAAUUGCAAAUAUCAAAGAGAACAAGAUGACUGCUCAGAAUUUGGCAACCGUGUUUGCACCCAGUGUCAUUCACUAUAAACAUAAGUCCUCACUAUGUCUGAGUGCCAUUCCUGAAGAUUUGCAGACUUUUACGUCAGCGUUGACGUUGAUGAUUGAGCAUGCGCAAGAGGUAUUCGUCAUCCCUGACGAUCUCAUGCGCGAGAUUGAAAAACAGAAAUCAUGUAGACAGCUCCAGGUAAUGACAGCAACAUCAGCAGACAGCAAGGAUAGUGAUGCUGCCGUUCUUUCUAAGCCUUUCUGCACACAGAUAGACGCGAGGUUGUACAGCACUGCUGGAAAUAAGUGUACAUCUGAUGCACUUGUCGAUUUGUACACACAAAUGGCCGCCAUGGAAGAUACUCCGAUGAAACGACAGUUUUUGAAAAACUUUGCAGACUUCUAUCCUGGUACUCCACCGUUCAAACCAAAAACGAGAAAGCCACCAAGUGAAAACGAGAAAAAAUCAACCUUUUCAUCUGUAAGUGUUCCGAAAAUCCUAUCGCCCCGCCAUCGCAGAGUUCCGUUGCAGUCGGCAAACCGAAUGGACACGCAGGGUCUUUGCGAAAGUCCCGCGGGUCACUACCGACCGUUGAACACUCCAAUCAAGCAAAGUUUCUUAGAAAAUGGUUGGAAAUCUCUUUCCAAGAAAGACAAGAUAAAGACUCCUGGUACACCGUCUCGUGGUUUACACCGUCGUUCGCCAUCCCUAAAUAGCUUACGAAAUGUCUUAAAAAAGAGACGACGUUCAAAAACUAUCGAAAGCAACACAAGUGAUUCUUCGGACGAGUGUUCAAACCCGCGCACUCCAAAACCAAGACGCAGCUCAUCCAGUUCGGAUUUGGAAAAAAAAUCGUCGAAAACAACCAAUCCUUUUUGCAGUAUGACGGGAUACAAGACCCACAAGACAUCGACCGUUACACCUAUCAUAAAGAAAAGCUUGAUUGGAAGAGACAUAAGAAAUCUGUAUGCUACUCCGAUGAAUUCGUCGAAAGGAAAGAAACAGUUGACCUCAUCUAUUGCGAAGUAAAUUCAUUGUAAAGUAUCUGCAAAGAUAGGAUGGGAAGAUUGUUAUCACAACGAAAAGUUUUAGGGUGAUUUUCCCGCUGUUAUUGUUGUUAUGUUAUUGACUCCUUCAAUUUAAACAAGUAUUCAAUGCUUGUGGCAUUCAUUAUUCAAAAUUUGAAAUAUAUAUGUAAAUAUUUGC